ACUGAGCUACCUUCCAAGACACACGAGAAACUUUUGCACUCUAGAUGGUAACGCCAUGGUAUGAGCGAAUUUUGACUUCGUAUAUAAUAGCACUGAUGAUAGAACAAGUUCCAAGUGAAGACUUGCCAGUUGUUGCAUCUCUAGCAGUAGUACAUGAGCCAGCAGCUUGAUAUUCAGUCAAACAAAUAGAUGAAAGACAGACCAGGAAUCACGCACAUGGAAAUUAUGACGAACGCCGUCGUUGCAAUCUCUGAAACGCGUCGUCGCCCUACAUUUGCGUCGCGGGAGAACUACAAAUCGGCGAGAGGGGCGACGGUUCCUCAGUUCUCUUCGCGAGAACGCGUUCGGAUCGCACAAGGAGAACGCGCAGCCUUGAACCUCUCAACCAAACGCCACUCUCUUGUUGCGGCUGGCAAAAUGCUGUUGAGCGGGCUCCUAUUUUCUGCCUUGUUGCUACUAGUAGCACUUCACCGCCGGAACGGAGACCACUUUUUCUUCGCCCUUGCCGAUGUCCCGCUGGAGCAGAUGGCGUGUGCGAGCUGUUUGGCGUACAUAGAGACGAAAGAGGAACGGUUCGAACGAAUUCUGAAGCGAGACGGGACCGAAAUCGUCUUCGACGCUGGUAGUUGCGAGGAAAUCUAUUGCAAGCCUCCGACCAAGAUAAUGAAGACGACGAUGAAGAACCAUCCAAGGGCAAACACAAACGGUAAGAAGCAGGAACUGCAAGAAGUAAACCAAGCAGCACAGCAGGAGCAGCCGUACGUCGAUUUCCGGGUCACGAAGGGCUACGGAUCGAAGGACUACAAUCAGGUGCGCAUUUCCGUAAUCACAAAGAAGGGACAGGUCGUACAGAUCGAAGAGGGAAACAAAACAACUCCUUGUGGCAGCAGAAAUAUUAACGAAGUUGAUGAUGACAAGCAGAACCGGGUGGAACUUUCUUCAGCAGCCACAUCUUGCGCAUCGUCUGCCGCAAGAACCUAUUCCGCUCCUUUUCAGUGGGUCUGGAAGGACUUGCAGCUUAACACAAAAAUGGUACGGACGGCGGAACCAGGCACGCUACAGACAGUGACGCUGACGAAUGCAACUACGGUCGUGCGAGAACAACAUGAUCAGUCGGGUCAACAUGCAGCCGCCACGGCCGGCAAAGAUAUUCAAGACAAAAUUUCAGCAGCAACACGGCCCACCUCUUCUUCGAGCAAGUUGGACAAGAGCAGAGCAGACGUGACGUCGAAAAGCAACACACGACCGGAGUUGCUCUCGACGCACUUUCAGUACCUGCUGCCUCGGCAGGGCCAGCCGGUUUCGGGCGUUUUGAUCGGUGAUCCCUGCGUCCAGUCGGGUUCGGGCCGCGUCCAGCCGGUGCCCUGCGCCGAGGGCGGCGCCUGGGAUCUGUGGAACCAGUUUCCGAAGCUGCUCGAGCUUUUCGUCGGCAACGACUUUAACGUGAAUUUUUGGGGUUUGCUGGGGGACAAUUUCUACGACAAGAGCGGGGAAAUCACGCAAGAAAUCUACCAGGAAAUCCCGAGGUCGGUCAAGCAGAAGCUCUUCCUGUCCGUGUUGGGAAAUCACGACUACUGGGUGCAGGGGGCGCCGGUUCGGGCCACCCCAUCCGAUCAGUGCGGGAACGGCUUCGUGCAGUUCUACGGACAGGACACGAAGAGUUCGCUAGGCCGGGUCGUGAAAAGUGAACAUCAACAUCAAGAAGCUCCGUAUGACCUUUCCAUCGACCCGAGCCAGUCACCAGAAGGCCAGCCGGGAAAGUGCUCGUACACCGCAAAGGAGAACACGUUUUUUUACAACCAGAUCGGGAAUAUCGGCUUUAUUGGCUACUCGGCGGUGCAUUCGUGGGAGGACAUGAAGCACGACUUUGCAACCGCCUGCGACGCCUUCUGGGCGACCGACUCCGUCGACCUAGUUUUUGUGCUCGGCCACUGGAACAAGGAGGGUGCCGGGACCAGCGCUCAAAUGGAUUUGCUCAAUGUCACGGCGAAGCUUAUGGCCAGCGAUAGCGACGAAGACGCGAACGCGAAGAACUCGGACUCGUCGCUGCUUGCAUCCUGUGCGAAGUUUCACGCGGAGGGCCGCCUGACGUUCGCCAUGGGUCACGAACACUGCAGCCACCCGGUAGUUAACAAUUACGUGGCUACAAGAACAACUUCUACCGAAGGUAGAACGACGGGCGGGACAAGAACUUCUUCUGCUAAUGGGAGUGAAGACGAUCAUCCUCCCACCGUUGCGGACCGCACUGGUUUCCUGGUGGGCUCCUUCGGCAUGGACGACUGGGUGUGCCCAGAUCCCACCAAGAUCGGAGUUGCUAGUACCGCCACACCUACUUUUGGCGCUGCAAGCAACUACAACAUGAACAAUCUGCUGCGAAGACGAGGACUACAUCAAAGUGGAACAAACCACUCCAGUUCGGUGCCGGGUCUACAACUCGCUAGUACAACAACUUCGCAGGACGUUGAUAGAAGCGGCGAGAUACGUCGCACCUCGGACGGGGACAACGUGCACACCUACGGGAUCCCCGUGUUCGAUACUUCCAAUAACAUGUUCACUGUCUGGUACUUUCUGCUCAAGUCCGUCGACGUGGACCGGUACGACGUGGUAGAAUCCUGUCUGCGCAUGGAGCGCACCUGGAAACUGUGCACGCACCUGGCCACCUUGUGGCACCAGCGGCCGCUGUUGCCGCGGGCGAGGAAGACGGCGGACAUGUCGCCACCGAUGGUAGAUGAACCUGGUCGUGUCACGGGGGCUGGGAAUCGUAACCGCGCACGUGCCGACGGGCGACGCGAGGAGAACGAAGAAGUGUAUGCCUGAGGACCAUAGAAAGAUACAGCACAAGGAAGAGUGGCUCAGUGCGACGUGCAUGUGCGUUUCUAUUAACGAAGGGGUUCGCGUUUUUGUUUUAUCUAUCAGUAUGUAGUGUAUUACGUGGCGGAACUUGGUAUUUUUGUAUGUGCCACGAACAAAUGAUGAUGUUCCUAGCACUUUUCAACGUCCCACGCGCCGCCCGUCAUUCCCGUGGUUUAACAUGUGGCUUUGCAAAAAAGUGGCUCUCUAUCUCGUCGGGUUAACAAGAAGAACUCUUAUUAAUUUCGCUUUUUUUCCUCCCAGUCGUGCGCUGUGUGAAGUAGGUGUGCGUAAGACCCAAGCUGCAUUCAUGUGUGCAGCGCCGGCUUUUUGUACCGGACAAACAGUCAGCUUCUUUUAAUUAUGGACGCACAAGACUUCCAUUUGGAAAGUUACACCACGACUCGCAGUCGGUCUUAUCGUGGAGGUACGUCAACCGAAAAUUGUUUGCUCGAACAAGCGCUAGUUGUGCUCGAUUUUUGGUUAGAAUUGAAAAAUUGUGAUUGGCGUGAACAAU